AUGAAAAUCACGCUCACAAAACCAUUCAUCCUCAGGUGCUUCCUCAUCUCUCUCUUCCUCUCUCUCCCCUUCCUCUUCCUCCACAUCUUUUCUCCACAACAACCCCAACAUUCCAACACCGCCACCACAACCAAAGACCUCAGAAUCCGACCCGGUUAUUCCUCCUACGAGGCCUACAUAAAGCGCCAGCUGAACAAGACCCUCAAUCCGAAGCUACGAAAAAUAUGGACAACCCGCGAUUGGAACCGAAAGAUCCCAGUUUUUGCGCGGUUCUUCGAGGAGCUUAAGGAGAAGAAGCUCCUCCAUAACACGUCAAAAGCGUUGUGCAUCGGUGCACGAGUGGGGCAAGAGGUGGAGGCGCUGCGGCGAAUCGGGGUGGUUGACUCGAUGGGAAUGGACCUUGUUCCGUACCCUCCCCUGGUCGUGAGGGGUGACUUUCACAACCAACCGUUCGACAACGACACGUUCGAUUUCGAAUUCUCCAACGUGUUUGAUCACGCGCUGUAUCCGCAGAGGUUCGUGGCUGAGAUCGAAAGAACGUUGAAACCCAACGGCGUUUGCGUGUUGCACGUGGCUUUGUCAAGACGCGCCGAUAAGUAUUCCGCCAACGACCUCUAUAGUGUUGAGCCCCUUGUCGAGCUCUUCAAGAAUUCGGCUUUGGUUCACGUUCGUAACGUCGACGGUUUUGGAUUGGACACGGAGGUUGCGUUCCGAAAGAAGAAGAACUCAAGCAUAUACCUCAAGAAACCUAUGACCAUUCUGUAUAUAUAUGUAACAAUAUAA